UCCACAGAGGCCAACCAAGGCUCAGCUCAAAAGAUCAAACGCGUCUCUCCCAUCACGCACUGCUAUCCAGCAGAAGGCCCAGCUGCUGAACAAGUCUGGAACAUCUUCAUCUGCCAGCCACAGCUUAAACAGGGACAGGUCACCGUCACUGUGCUUGAGCGGCAUUCAUUCACUACUCAGACCUUCAUACCAAGUGGUGGACCCAAGGACACUGUGGCCUACUUGGUUGUGGUUGCAGACAAUAAGCGGCAAGAUGGUCAAGAUGUGCCUGACUUGUCGACACUGCAAGCAUUCAAGUGUAAAGGACACACAGCCGUCACCUAUGCCAUGAAUCAGUGGCAUGCACCCAUGAUUGCCUUGCACGAC